AUGCGCGUCAACGACCGACUUCCGAACGAGCUCUGGCUCGAAGUCUUGCAGGCCCUCCCACGUGCCGACUUGCGCUCUGUCGCGGCAUCCAACCGCAAGCUGCUACGUCUCGCCCGCAGUCUUCUCUUCCGCCACGUCAGCCUGCGAUUCUGCAACCCCACCCCGGGCUAUAAUCGCCGGGGACUGGUGUCACACAUCCCCGACCCGCACAGCCUCGCUAAGAUCGAGCUGUUUACGGCGCCUGAGAUCGCAGGUUGCAUGCGUAGCGCGUCGCUAAGCUGCAUACGACUCGAACACCAUCAGAGGCACCGGCCUGUGCGGCGCAUAGCGGAGUCGGAUGGGCAGACAUGUGGCCACUUCAUGGCCCUAUUUCUUGAGCUUUCCGACCACUUUGUAAACCUGCGCCGCCUCAACUUGUACCGACUCGCGCUUGACGCUCCCGCGUACCAUGCCAUUACACGCCUGCCCUCGUUAAAGCAGCUCGUCAUCCACUGGGCCAAUCUAUAUGGCGGCGAUGAGGUGCCUACGGAGAAGCUGGCGAUAACAUGCUUUGGCUACUACGGCGACCAGACUCUCGACGCGCAUCUGCGUCUGAUCGACACUUCGCAACUACACACUGUGUAUAUCGGUAACGAGUUCUACACCUUCAAGCUCGGGGGCCUGGCAGGUCUGGGCUGCCUCAAGUGCCUCGCCAUCAACAGCGACGCCUUGGACAACGACCUCGGCGAGCAUGACCUUUCUCAGCUCACACCAGACACGUUCCCAUGUCUGCAAGCCUUUUCCGGCCCGUUGGACAUCGCACUGCCUUUCAUUGACUGCUGUCAGCUUGAGCGGCUCUUCAUCGACGAGAUUUUGGACACAUCUCUCCGGGACCUGUGCGCCAUCCCUCCCGACAAGGCCGCGCGCAUCACGACGCUGGGCCUCAGCCACAUACUGCUGGACCACGAUGUGCUCUCCCAGGUUGUCACGGCGCUUCCGCGUCUAGCCUUUCUCGCCAUCAAUGCCUGCGGCUACGACGAUGAACUUCACGAAUCAGGCCCACACCCAUUCCGUGACCUCAUCGAGCAGCUGCUCGCCACGAUUGCGCCCCCUACACUCGCUGAGUUACACGUAUCUAUCGCCUUCAACUAUCCGAUCGCCAGCACCAGAGACAUUUUUGUUCACCCCGCCCCAUCUCGUGCAGGGCUCCUGGCUACUGCUGUCGCACGCUGCCCCUUGCUCCGUGCGAUCUAUAUUGUCCACGAGGGUAGUUUCAACGAUCAGACGGACUUUGCCCUCUCGUGGGAGCGCUAUCCGAGUGGAGCGGAGGAGCGGCACAUGACAGACGACAUAGACGCUGCAAAGAAAAUCCGCAAAUGGAUGCUUCCCCACAGAAUCGAGGACAUGUGGGGCUUCUGA